AUGACGGACAUGUGGAGCAGAGCCGCCCAGCCGCCCACAGACCGGCCUGAGAAGCAGAACCACCAGCUGCCUCUGUGCAGGGCGGAGCUGGCCCGCGCAGGUGCCCCCUUUCAAAGGUCUCAGCAUCCGCACGCUACCUCCUGCCGCCACUUCCACCUGGGCCCCCUGCAGCCGCAGCAGCUCGCGCCCGACUUCCCCCUGGCCCACCCUGUGCAGUCACAGCCGGGCCUCAGCGCCCACAUGGCCCCGGCCCACCAGCACAGCGGCGCCCUGCACCAGUCCCUGACCCCGCUGCCCACCCUGCAGUUCCAGGAUGUCACAGGUCCCUCCUUCCUACCUCAGGCCCUGCACCAGCAAUACCUCCUGCAGCAGCAGCUCCUGGAAGCCCAGCACCGCAGGCUCGUCUCGCACCCCAGGCGGAGUCAGGAGCGCGUGUCUGUCCACCCCCACCGACUCUACCCCAGCUUCGACUUCGGCCACCAACUCCAGACACCUCAGCCCAGGUAUUUGGCUGAGGGCACUGACUGGGAUCUCAGUGUGGACGCCAGCUUGAGCCCUGCUCAGUUCCAGGUGCGGCCCAUCCUUCAGCACUAUCAGCAUUACCUAGCGACACCUCGAAUGCACCACUUUCCCAGAAACUCCUCCUCCACGCAGAUGGUUGUCCAUGAAAUCCGAAACUACCCUUACCCUCAGCUUCACUUCCUUGCUCUCCAGGGACUGAACCCCAGCAGACACAUCUCUGCUGUGCGGGAGAGCUAUGAGGAGCUGCUGCAGCUUGAGGACAGGUUGGGAAAUGUGACUCGAGGAGCUGUACAGAACACCAUUGAGAGGUUCACCUUCCCCCACAAGUACAAGAAGAGAAGACCCCAGAAUGGCAAGGGCAAGAAGGAAGAGGGAGAGGAGUCAGACACUGACGAGAAAUGCACAAUUUGUCUGUCUAUGCUGGAGGAUGGAGAAGAUGUGAGGCGCCUACCCUGUAUGCACCUUUUUCACCAACUCUGUGUGGACCAGUGGCUCGCCAUGAGCAAGAAAUGCCCCAUCUGCCGGGUGGACAUUGAGACACAACUGGGAGCUGACAGCUGAGGAAGGAAUUAGCCAGUGGAUGCCCCAUUUUCCUUCACCAGGUCCCCCCACGGCCAUAGCCCUUGCAGCCAAACUUUGCCUUCUGAGCCAUUUGACGUAGAGGAAAAGCCUGCAAGCACAUUUUGUGGAAAGAGGAGUUGGUGGUAUCCGUGUCCGAGGGAAAGGAAGGGUCGGGGAGGACCCACCCAUCCAGAAUGGUGACUGUCCCCAUCUGCCUCGCUGCGCGGGAGGGAGGGAGCUGGCCGUGCCCAGAGCAGGGGUGGGAAGGGGGGGCCCAUGCUGCUGAGAAUCUGGACGUGAUCCUGAAGGUCCUAGCUGAUAGACUGGCCCCUCAAUCCUGCCCUUUGAAGGAUUGUAUAUAUACCUCUCGACCACGUAGAAACCAUGUAGGGGUCUCUAGCUAUUUCUGUGGAUGGCAGCCAGAGCAUGUUAGCUUAAGAAAAAUGUUGUGUGUGGUGCUCUAGUCAUCUUGUGGUGGACAUGUCGCUAUUACCGAAUUCGCACCAAAUAUUUCUCAUUGAGUUUCUUGUUUUGGUGCCUGACCGAAGCAACCAACGACAGCCCAAAUCUUCCCAUCUUUAAGAGAGAAAUGGGAAAAGGAAUCAGAAAUGAAAAGAAAAAAAA